GGACGUUAACUUGUCAUCUACCACUACCACCAAAAGUUGAGUUACUACUAAACGAGCUGUUAUACUGACAACAUGGUAAACCGGGUUGCUGUUAUAUUUUGUGUUUAUCUCUGUGCUGUACACCAGGUGUAUUCAGAUAUUCUGACGAGCAUCAACACCGAGGCGGGAGUUUUGACUUUACUUGAGAUUCGCAAACAAUUUUAUAUUGCCGACUUUGAUGACGACAACUUUUUGACGUACGAUAAUUGCCAGAAAUACAUUCAAUUAGAUGAUUUAAAUGGUGACGGUGAAAUAACACAUCAAGAGGUAAAGUCCAACCCAGAUACACCCAGAUUUCCUAUUGAGGUUUUCCAAUCAUGGGACUCAAACAAUGACGACGUUCUUAAUGAUAAGGAUAUCAGACUGCUGUUUGAGUCGCUUCCCGGUACCGGAAAUAAGGUAGAUCUACAAGAAUUCUUGACAAUGUACUCUUCUAGGAUGAAUGAAACAACUGGACCAGUAAUGAAGAUACAGUCUUUUGUCCAGGCUGAGAGAGAUUUCUUGAUAAUAGAUGAAAAUGAUGAUAAUAUUUUGAGUAGAGAAGAAUUUCAGGUGGAAUUUAGAUUAGCCGACAAAAAUAAGAAUGAAAAUUUGGAAGAAUCAGAAGUACGCAACAUGUUCCCAAUGAGAAGUACUCCCCCAGAAACCAUUUGUCCAAACAUCUCUGUUAGCUGUUCUGUUGAUGAUGUGAUGGCUCUAUUUGAUGCAGCAGACAAAAAUCAAGAUUCCCAGCUCAGUGUUGAUGAAUACAUUCAACAUUUUGGAAACUUGAUUCAAAACUAAUCAUAAAAGAUAUGAUAUGACAACUCGGCGAGUCUUGAAUCAUAUUAUUACUAUAUGAAAUAAAAUUUUAUUGAACAUU